CUUUUUCAGUCGAAGGGUGAUUUCUAUAUAAAUGUAAUUUCUUAUUUGGUGGUAUUAGCUGCUUUAACAAAAAGAGCUCAAAUUCCAUUUUCUUCUUGAUUGCCUGCAGCAAUGGCUGCUCCCACACCAGUUUCUUCUUUGGUUCAUUCUUCUACUUUAGUAACGGCAGGGGUUUAUUUAUUAAUUCGUUUUAAUUUUUGUUUUAAUGAGGGGUUGAUAUAUUUUUUAUUAUUUAUUUCUAGAAUAACAAUGUUUAUGUCUGGAUUAGGGGCAAGAUUUGAAUUUGAUUUAAAGAAAAUUAUUGCUUUGUCAACUUUAAGACAGCUUGGUUUAAUAAUGAUAAUUUUGUCUUUAGGAAGAUAUGAACUAGCUUUCUUUCAUUUGUUGACUCAUGCUUUAUUUAAGGCUUUGCUGUUCAUAUGUGCUGGGAAUAUUAUUCAUAGAGUUGGGGAUUUUCAAGACAUUCGGUAUAUAGGGGGUUUUAUUAAGUUUUUACCUAUGACUUGUGUUUAUUUUAAUAUUAGAAAUUUAUCUUUGUGUGGGUUACCAUUUUUAAGAGGAUUUUAUUCGAAGGAUUUGGUUGCUGAAAUUAUGAGAAUGGGUUACUUAAGAUUGUAUGUUUACUUAAUUUUUUAUAUUUCAAUUGGAUUAACUGUCUGUUACAGAUUUCGUUUGGUUUAUUAUUCAUUUGUAGGAAGAUUCAAUUUUUUAUCUUUGAAUAGUGUGUAUGAGGGUAGAGUUACAAUGAUUAAGGGAAUGGGUGGAUUAAUUUUUCUGGUUAUUUUUAUAGGAAGAAUAUUAAGAUGA